ACACUAAAAGACUCUGUUAUCUUCUUCCAUUAAUACUAGGCCCCUUUUCUUACUGAAUGAUCCUGCAACUUGUAUGAUUUUCAGCAUAAUAUGAGCAACUUAGAUCAGAUCCAAUACAAAGGCAUGGGAGGUAGCAGUGAUAUAGAAAAGGGUGAAGUGGAUGAAAGCGUUCCAGUUCAUCUAGAACGUAAAGGUCAUUCUCAAAAGAAAAAAAAAGAACGUAAAGGUAUGACUGUUGAAGAAAGGAAAAGAACCUUCUAUACAAAGCUUUGGGGGGCCAAAUCACCUUUGCCUGAUUCGUGUUGCAUCUUCAAAGUUCCCGAGGUGCUACGAAGACAAAAAAAGGAGGCAUACGCACCUGACGUAGUCUCAAUCGGGCCCUUUCAUCGAGGUGCUAAAAAAUUACAACUCGUGGAAAAUGUGAAAAAGUGGUAUUUAAAAUGUCUCCUCGCGCGCCAGCUCCCGAACCCGACAGGAUUGAUGAGCUUGAAUGACUUGCUUGAAAGCAUGAGCCUAGAUAGCUUGACUGAAAGUGUGGAGAGCUUGGCUGAAAUGAUCAAGGGAGAGGAACUGGAUAAACGCGCCCGGGGUUGUUAUUCAGAUCCAUGCAAUCAUCUUGACCAAAACAACUUCAUAGAUAUGCUCAUACUCGAUGGUUGUUUCUUGAUAGAAUUAUUUCGGAAGGCAUCUGAUCCAUCACGACAAGAUAAUGACGACCCUAUUUUCAACGUGCCUUGUAUGCUCGAAUAUCUAUACCAUGAUCUUCUGUUACUCGAAAAUCAGCUGCCCUGGUUUGUGCUCGAGUUUUUCUAUAAGCGAAUUAAGGGUGGCAACACUAACCCUCUCAAUAAAUUGGUAUUCGAGUUCUUCAAAAAUUCAGUGGCUGAUGCCACAAUUUUGAGCGACCCCAAGCCCGAGUCUUCUGGUGAGAUUCUUCACAUACUUGAUCUGAUUAGAACUGCCCUCGUAAUUGGUAUGCCAGGUUCGAAGGCUGGCGCCAAACUAGGCAUCCACCUGCCGCAAAGGAUACCUAGUGCUGCUACUCUUUCAGAGGCAGGAGUUAUAUUUAAAAAGUCCAAAAAAAGUUGCAUAUUGAACAUAGAGUUCAACAAUGGCAUUUUCACCAUUCCUCCUCUGGCUAUCGAUGAGAGUACAGGUCCUUUGUUCAGGAACCUUAUGGCCUUCGAGCAGUGUUAUCACAGUUGCGAGCACAAGAUAACAUCCUAUGCGGUUUUGAUGGAUAGCCUCAUCGAUACGAACAAGGAUGUGAAUCUUCUAUGUGAGGAAGAGAUAAUAGCCAACUGGUUGAGUGCUGAUGAUGCUUCGAAGUUCUUCAACGAUCUAUAUACUGACACCACAGUCAUUAAUUUUGUCUACGAGGAUCUCUGCAAAAGAGUAGGUAAAUAUCACAAAGCUCCAUGCAACAGGUGGAGGGAAAAAUUGAAACGUGAUUAUUUUGAAACACCAUGGUCUACUAUCUCUUUUUUUGCAGCUUUUGUCCUCCUGGUCCUCACCUUCUUGCAGACCAUAUACACAAUCCAGCCAUACUAUCAUCCUCGUGGAUAAUGUUGGAUGUCACCUAUUAUUAUAUAUGUUCCAUUCUAUUAUUUUGUUUGCCUUUCAUUUUCUUUCAAGCUUACAAAAUAAGGCUUGGCCAUUGUAUAUGUAAUCUAUUUUGUUGUUGAUACAUCAUUGUACCUAAAGAGAUUCUGAAUACUAUUAUUCUUGAUCAUCCUUGA